AUGAGUGUGAUGGGGGGCUUCUUGGCGGGAGCCUUCAUCCUAGGGACUUUGUCUGACAUGUAUGGCCGUCGAAAGAUUCUCUGCUUCUCCUAUGUUCUUAAUAUAUUCAGCGGUUUUGGAACGAUAUGGGCGCCUGAGUUUAUAUCUCUUGCCAUCAUUCGAUUCCUGCAAGGUGUUGCAUGUGCUGGUAUCAUUACCACUGCCUUUGUGAUUGGAAUUGAAAUUGUUGGACCUUCUAAAAGAAGAUACACUGGAAUUAACUUUGAAUUCUUCUUCGCGAGUGGAUUCGUCAUUUUGGCAUUAUUGGCUUAUUUGAUUCGGAACUGGCAAUAUUUGGAAUUGGCUCUGUCAAUGCCAACCAUUUUCUACAUGCUCGUAUGGUAUUAUGUCCCGGAAUCCCCACGAUGGUUGCUGAGUCAAGGAUUAUAUGAAGAGGCUGAAGUAAUUAUGAAAAAAAUUGCCGAAGGAAGUCAUAAAGAACUCUCAACAAAGAUACUGGAUUCUUUAGAUUGCAACGACAAUGCAGAUUCCGUUCCUCUUUGGAGAAUAUUCAUGUCCCGAAAAUUAGCAGUCCAAUCAUUAAUUAUCUUUUUUAAUUGGUUUGUGGUCAGCAUGGUGUAUUACGGCCUGUCAUUGAACAGUGUAAAUCUCGUCUUGCUUCCUUUUCUUUACUACUCUUCGUUAUGCUUUACAUUUAUUUACUUUUUUUUCUCUUCUGUACAUUUGUUUUCCUUUCUCUUCUCCUUUCUCUUCUCCUUUCUCUUCUCCUUUCUCUUCGCCUUUCUCUUCUCCUUUCUCUUCGCCUUUCUCUUCUUCUUUCUCUUCUCCUUUCUCUUCUCCUUUCUCUUCGCCUUUCUCUUCUCCUUUCUCUUCGCCUUUCUCUUCUCCUUUCUCUAUUCUGUUUCUUUUUCUAUCCUUCUUCUACUUCUUUCUUUACUUCUAUCAUUAUAUUUUCUUUGCAUUUUCUGUUCUUUCGUCUUGGUCCUUCUUUAUCUUUCAGCCUUAGAUUUUCUUUUAUCCUUUCAUCUUGGGCCUUCUACUAUCCUUUCAUCUUGGGCCUUCUACUAUACUAUCAUAUUGGGCCUUCUUCUAUCCUUUCAUCUUGGGCCUUCUUCUAUCCUUUCAUCUUGGGCCUCCUUCUAUACUUUCAUCUUGGGCCUUCUUCUAUCCUCCCGUCUUGGACCUUCUCCUAUACUUUCAUAUUGGGCCUCCUUCUAUCCUUUCGUCCUUGGUCUUCUAUCAUUUCGUCUUGAGCUUUCUUCUCUCUUUACCUCUUUGCCUUCUCUCCUUUUUUCUUUGCAUCCGUAUAUACCGCAUUAUAUCAAUUUCUCUCUUUCCUACUGGAAAACGAUAUAUAAAUUUUUAUCUCUUAAUGGCAUCGCAAUUGCUCUGUCAACAUUCGGUAAAUUUAGCGUUGCAGCCUCCUUCGCAGUUGUCUACAUCAUUUCCGGUGAGCUUUUUCCGACUGUAGUGAGAAAUGGUGCUGUUGGCUUGAGUUCUUGUUUUGCCCGAGUUGGAGGCAUGGUGGCUCCGUACGUUGCUGAAGCUUCAAAUAUCUUGCCUUAUCCAUACAAUAAAGUCGUCCCAUCGUUAACAUUCGGCUUGUUCGCCAUAGUCGCUGGAGUGUUAGCGCUUUAUUUGCCGGAGACAUUCAACAAACGUUUGCCAGAUAGCAUCUCUGAAAAUUGUUCAGAAAGUGAUGACUACCUGAAUGAAUGCGAGAAGGCCUUGAAUGGCGUCGAGUUCAGUGAAAUGCCACUUUUUAUUCUAUUUCCGACUCUAUCUAUCUAUCUAUCUAUCUAUCUAUCUAUCUAUCUAUCUAUCUAUCUAUCUAUCUAUCUAUCUAUCGUGUGCGAUGGGUAA